AUGACGGAAGUCAGAAUCAAAGAGAGUGACCUUGACAGCCUGAAGAACCAGGUCGUUGUUAUCACCGGUGGAUCUUCCGGAAUCGGCCUCGCAACCGUCCAGCUUCUCCUCAAACUCGGAGCUAAAGUGGUCGUCGGAGACAUCAACCCCCCGCCCGAACCCGAAGCCGCCCACGUCACGUUCCUCAAGACGGAUGUGGCGUCCUUCGCCGAGCAGAGCGCCCUGUUCAAGAGGGCCUUGGAGGUACACGGCGUCAUCAACCAUGUCUUCGCCAAUGCAGGCGUCGCCAAAACCACCAGCCUUCUCGAUGAUGAACUCGACGACGACGGCAACCUCAAAGCCCCAGACCUCAUCACCUACAACGUCAACUUGAUCGGCUGCAUGUACACCACACGCCUGGGUGUCUUCUACCUCAAGAAGAACCCCAAGGGCGGCAGCAUCGUCGUCACCGGCUCAGCCUCUAGCUACCAAGGCUUCAGCGUCGUAGACUACUGCACUGCCAAGCACGGCGUCCUCGGCCUCACCCGCAGCGUCACGGCACACCUCCCGCCUACCCUCAACAUCCGCAUCAACUGUCUCGCCCCAGACUGGACCGACACCAGUCUCGUUCGCGGCGUGGACUUCCACUUGCUCGGCGUCCCAGUGCAGAAUUCCAAGGCCGUUGCCCUCUCGGCGGCGCUUUGCAUGGCUGAUGGCACGCGCAAGGGCCAGGUGAUUUACUCGCGUGAGGGUAGGUACACGGAGCUCGAGAGCGGCUAUCGGCCGUGGUUAGUGAAGCAGACGGGCGGCGACACCAUGUUCGAAUUUGAGGAGGCGAUGGGAAGGCUGCUGAUGAAGGGGAAGGAGGCGGCGGAUGCGGAGGCGGGUGCGGAGGGAGGUGUGCGGGUGGUGGAGGAUGGUGGGAUUUAG